AUGGAGACGUUGCUGGGGAAGCUGAGAAGGGCGGUGCAGAAGGUGAAGUUUGUGCUUAUGUUGAGCGUCAACAAAUGGAAGGUGGCAUCGAUGCUAGGAAGAUCGUCGAGGCUGAGCUUCAGCGACAGGCCCGGAUUGAGGGUUUGCAUGGCGGAUUCAGGCUCGGACGAGAGGCCGGAAUCGUCGGGGGGGCUGCGGCGGACGGCCAGCUACCCGCCGGAAGACGACGACGACGUUGAUAAGAGAGCCGAUGCGUUUAUUGCGAAUUUUCAUAAGCAGCUUCGAUUUGAGAGGCAAAUAUCAUUGCAGCUUAGGUAUUGUACACACAAUUCUUCUCCAUAG